CCUGUUGGUAAAAAAUAGUUCUCUCUCUCUCCCUCUGUGGCAAACUGCGUUGGCCACGCAGUCCUUGGAUAUGAACACUGGAGUUGCUAAUGCCAGCUUUCCUGGGUUACCUGCGUGUCCCAUAGGGGGAUGGGCAAAAUGGUAAUCUUCUAGAGAGACGACGGCCUAGAAUUCGAGGGAGAGAGAACCGAUGUUUUAGGCAAUCGGGCUGCAUUCCUCUCUUUAAAAUUUCACAUAUGUCAAGAAUGCCCCCCGUCUCAGGCCUCAGGCUCUUCUUCUCGACUUCUCCUCUGUUAAUCCCCAAACCCAAAACCCCUCUCAUCCCUCUCCGACCUUUCCCGCCACCUCGCUUCACCGUUCUCUGCGCAUCAUUCGGCAAGAAAACUCAGUUUCCGAGAAGGUUUUCAACUCUCAGAAACCCAAAGACCAGAGAGAAACCGCCACAAAUGGAAGAGAAAGAGAAGGAAGGCGUCGGUUUCAACAAAAGGAGGGCAGAAGGGAAGGAUAAAGGCCAACCGAAGAAUCUCCAACUCAAAAGCAGAAAAUUAAAUCCUGUCAAUACUAUCUGUUACGUUCAGAUUUUGGGAACCGGAAUGGAUACACAGGACACUUCACCAUCGGUUUUGCUGUUCUUCGAUAAGCAACGCUUUUUUUUUAAUGCUGGAGAGGGCUUGCAACGUUUCUGCACGGAGCACAAGAUUAAGUUGUCUAAGAUUGAUCACAUAUUCCUCACUCGUGUUUGCUCUGAAACUGCUGGUGGUCUUCCAGGACUUUUAUUGACAAUGGCCGGCAUUGGUGAUGAUGGGAUGAGUGUUAAUAUGUGGGGUCCAUCUGAUCUCAAGUAUCUGGUGGAUGCAAUGCGGACCUUUAUUCCAAAUGCUGCUACAGUGCACACUCAUAGUUUUGGACCUGCACCUGGCUCAAUCUCCGGCCUACUUAAAGAUCCAAUAAUCCUCGUGAAUGAUGAAGUUGUCAAGAUAUCGGCAAUUAUCUUGUGCCCAGCUUUGUCUGGAACUAACGAAAGUAUAGACCAGGUUGACAAUGGUUCAGAUGUUACUGGUUUUGACUUUGAAAGAAAUCUGGAUGACUUCUCCAAGUACCCAUCUUUGAGUCCACCUGGAUCUCCUAAAAAAGCAAGUUUGGCUACGAAACCUGGUGAUUUGGCUGUUGUUUAUAUGUGUGAGUUACCUGAGAUCAAGGGGAAGUUCGAUCCGGCAAAAGCUAUGGCCCUUGGGCUGAAACCAGGGCCAAAAUAUCGUGAGCUGCAGCUUGGGAACACUGUUAUGUCUGAUCGUAAAAACAUAAUGGUGCGCCCAAGUGAUGUACUCGGUCCAUCAAUUCCAGGACCAGUUGUCAUUCUAGUGGACUGCCCGACACUAUCUCAUGUUCAUGGAUUGGUUUCAGUUCCAUCUCUCAAAAAGUAUUACGUGGACUCAACUGACCCCGAUUGGGGUAGCUCUAAGCCCGUGAAUUGUGUUAUUCACUUGGGUCCUGCUUCUGUGACAAGUACAGAGUCCUACAGGAAAUGGAUGUCAAGAUUUGGUGGGGCACAACAUAUCAUGGCUGGACAUGAAAUGAAAAACGUUGAAAUACCAAUCCUCAAGGCCAGUGCAAGGAUAGCGUCGAGACUGAAUUAUGUGUGUCCACAGCUCUUCCCUACAAAUGGAUUCUGGACUGUAGGGAAUAUUGACAGCUGUCCCAUGGAUUCAAUUUCCUCAAGCAAGGAGGUUCUCCAGUGCAUCCCGUCAGAAAAUCUUUUAAAGUUCCACUUGCGUCCUUAUGCAAAUCUUGGGUUAGAUAAAUCUGGGAUUCCACCGUCUCCUAAACCUUCAUAUUUCAUAAAUGAACUCCUUUCAGAAAUUCCUGAAAUUGAAGAUGCUUCAAAAGUUGUUAGGAAGUUCUGGGAGUGCCCAACAGAAAAGGCUGGAAACAAUUCAUUCCCUGUGGAAGAGCCAUGGAUUAGUGAGGCAUCUGUUGAGGAAGUUCAGUACCAAAAAGGGAAUGAGAACAUGUCUUUUGAAGAUGUGUCCCAGAUUCCAGCUUCUCUAGAGAACAUAUCAAGAGAGGACAUGGAAAUAGUCCUCUUGGGCACUGGUUCGUCACAGCCAUCCAAGUAUCGGAAUGUUAGUUCUAUCUAUAUCAAUCUUUUCGCCAGAGGAAGUCUGCUUCUAGAUUGUGGUGAAGGAACCUUAGGGCAGUUGAAGAGAAGAUUUGGUAUGAAGGGUGCUGAUGAUGCUAUAAAAAGUUUGAAGUGCAUCUGGAUUUCCCACAUCCAUGCAGAUCACCACACAGGGCUAGCAAGGGUCCUAGCACUCCGAUCCCAAUUGUUGAGGCAUGAACCCCACGAGCCACUUCUGGUUAUUGGACCAAGGCAGCUGAAGAGGUUUUUGGAUGCUUACUCUAUGUUGGAGGAUCUUGAUAUGCAGUUCCUAGAUUGCAGGCAGACCUUGGAAAUCUCGAAGGAUGUUAGUAAGAAGUCCCUUGAGACAGUAAGCACUCAUGAUAUCUUGCAGCAAGGAAAUGGUUCUCGGGAAAAUGGUAUUGCUGGUUCAGGAAGCUUAACUAUGGCUGACGGUGGGAAUCCACUUCAAACGUUGGAAGGGACCUUGUUUGUAAAGAGUAAGAUGCAAAGCUACUGGAAGAAAUCAGGCUUCCAGGGAGAUGCAGUGGUUGACACUGCUGGCUUGGAAAAACUAAGAAGCUUAUUGGAGGAUUCAGGCUUAGAAGCACUGAUCAGUGUUCCUGUUGUUCACUGCCCUCAAGCAUUUGGACUUGUCUUGAAAGCUGCAAGUAGAAUUAAUUCAACCGGCAAAACUAUACCUGGUUGGAAGCUUGUUUAUUCUGGUGAUACAAGGCCAUGUCAAGCUCUUAUAGAUGCUUCUCGGGGGGCGACAGUGUUGAUACAUGAGGCAACUUUUGAGGAUAGUCUGCUCGAGGAAGCCAUUGCCAGAAACCAUAGCACAACAAAAGAAGCAGUACAAGUGGGAGAAUCUGCAGGCGUGUACAGGGUAAUCCUUACGCAUUUUAGCCAGCGGUACCCCAAGAUUCCUGUGGUUGAUGAGACACACAUGAACACAUGUAUUGGCUUUGAUAUGAUGAGUGUGAACGUGGCAGACCUCCCUGUUCUCCCGAAGGUCAUGCCUUUCCUCAAGCUCUUGUUUAGGAAUGAAAUGGUAGCUGAUGAAACUGAUGAAUCGCUGACCGCUGAAUCAUAUUAAGUUAUAAAAACACCCAUUUUUCUGUAAAAAGAAUUCUUCCAGGGUUUAAUUUUGCCCUAUCAAUUUUGUAUCUUUAGCUUUUUCCUUUUUUUAUAAUUGUAUUUUCUCCAAGACAAACAGCUUGCUUGUAUUCACGCUAAUUAAAUUCUCCCGACGGUGGCUUUUAUUC